GAUGUAUUGGAGUAAACCCACAAAAAGUAUCAGCGAAAGAAAAUCUACAAGACGGACAAAACCAAAACCAAAACCCAAACCAAAAAAUAAGGUUAAAAAUCCCAAUAAAGAAAAACAAAAUAUUGCAAAUUCACCUGAUGAUGUUUCUAAUGUUUCUAAUGGUGCAAUAAAUUCAACUCGAUUCUCUUAUGAUGUGUCAACGUGGACUCGUGAAGCAUCAGGAUCUCAAGUUAAUGAUCGUGCUAAUACUACUAAUAAUGAAGAUUGCUGGGAAAAUCUUGCAACAAUCGCAAAUGUUUUUCUCGAUUAUGCUACUAGUCAACUCUUGAUGCUGGUGAUUUGGAACGAUGGUAGUAAAAGCUAUCAUACAGCUCAAGAAGUACAUCGAAAAUGCCCUCGUCAGUUGAUUAAAUUUUACGAAGGUCAUUUACAUUUUGAAAAGAUGCGAAUUGACAAUUAG